GGCGGUCGUGUACUUACGGACAGGCUCGCCGACCACCAACAAUCAAGAAGAAGAAGAGGCAACGCGGCGCUGCAGUGAGGAGAGGGUGUUUGUGCUAAGCUAACACAACCGAGAAGCUAAAAUGGAUUUAACUGAACAGAUCAACCAGUUGGAGGCAGACUUGCUGGAGCUGGGUUCACUCUUGGAAAAAUCAGACAGGAAACGAGUGCAGGAACUGUUAAAACAGGAGCAGAAGAAGGUGGAGAAGGAGCUUUCAGUUAAAAAACAUCAAAAGGAGCAACAAGCCAGGAGACUAGCAGACCCAUCUGCAGCCUCUAAAGCAGCGUACACAGUCAAGAUCACCAACUAUGCUUGGGACCAGUCAGAAAAAUAUGUAAAAAUUUACCUUACACUGAAGGAUGUGCACAAAAUCCCAUCAGAACAAGUGGAGGUCAACUUCACAGAAAGGUCAUUUUCUGUUCUGGUGAAGGAUCUUGGUGGGAAAAACCAUCAAAUGACAAUUCUCAAUCUGUUAUAUCCAAUCGAUGAAAAGGAGAGCUGCAAAAAGAUAAAAACAGACAUGGUCCUGGUCAUGUGCAGGAAGCAGACAACGAAGAAGUGGGAGUGCCUAACGAAGGCGGAACAGCAGUCUAAAGAGAAAGAAAAACCCAGUAUGGAGGAGAAUGCAGACCCCAGCGACGGCCUGAUGAGCAUGCUGAAGAAGAUAUACUCUGAGGGAGAUGACGAGAUGAAGAGAACCAUCAACAAAGCCUGGUCAGAGUCCCAGGAGAAGAAGAGCCGAGGAGAAGACAUGAUGGACCUCUAAACCGCACCCACAAGCAAAAAUAAGUGAGAUCUUCCCGGGCUGCAGUGGACAUGACUUGAAUGUUAAACGCUAUAACUGACAUCCCAAUAUAUAAAUCACACUUUCACAAUAUGUAGAAUUUAGGUAUACAGCUCAUAAAUAAGGUGACAGGAUUAAUGUUUAAGCCCUGGAUGGCCUCUGCUGAGAAAACCGGGCUGCUAAUAGUCAUAAAUCCUAAAGCUGUUGAUAAAUAAAAUUGAAAAAUUGUGUUAAAAUACGAGUGCUGAUCAUCAGGCGGCAGCCUUAAUGUAGCAAGAAGUCACACAUAUUCAUCACUUGUUUUCUACCAUAAUGCAGCCAUUUUCUUCCCAAGAUGAAUAUCUUGUCAGUUGUACAUGAUUUCAACUAGACCAGGACAACUGAAUUGAAGAAUUGUUGACUUGAUCUUCUAAGUUACUUGUUAAUUGUCCUGUGCUGAUUUGUUGUAGCUAAACUGGUGUUUUAAACUGAUGUUGAAAAUGUUUUCUUGUGAACAUUUGCCUAAGCCACACUCACAUUCCUUUAAAUGAAGAAGACCAGUGGACAUGUCAGUCUUCAUAUCAGCCUCUUGAUUUUUUUUUGUCAUUCUAUAAAUGGACCAUGAUGAUCACGGCAAAGACUUUACCCAUCAUACAACAGCCCAGUGUAAUAAUCUAUGUUACUGCAUGGGUGUGUUCAGAUUUUAAUGUGCUUUACUCACUUGUGUUAAAAUGUGUAAAACUCAGAACAUUCAUUUCAAUUCUUUAAUGGAAGUGCUUUUCUUACUAUGAUUUUUAUGGUUGUACUUUUUUGUGAUUUCUCUCCAAUAUUUGUGAAUAUGUACAAAUUCACUUUUCAACUAAGUUGAUAUUUUGCUUUGGUUGUUCAUGUCACAGUCUUAUGUGUAUUGUUGCCCGCCCUCAGGUUGUGCAUGCAGUUCAGACAAAUAUAACUUUUGAACUGAG